UCGUUUCUCCUUCUCGGUGAGCUAUAAACAAAGACAGGGCAGUAUAUAAGCAAUGACUCUCCUAAAGCGAAUCAAGCCACACAAGCAGACUCUACAUCUUCACCAUGUUGUGUUACUGGGGAGAAGCUGUAAAACCGGACGGGUUUGGCUUAGUGAAGGCUGACAGCGUGAAAUUCACGGACACUGGCAUUGGAUACUUUUCUCCCAAAUCCAGGAUCAGGGAUGUGUCUCCUGGGAAGAGUCUGGUGGGAUUUAUCCGGGGGGAUGGAAAUGCAUCUGUCAUGAGACUGAACACCAGAGAACCUGUCAAGUCUGGAAAACUAAAAACAUUAGACCAGAUGAAAGACAAAAUCAGACUGAUCAGCUGUGGUGAUGUUGAUGCUGUCCUUCUGGCAUAUGGAGACAGAAUACUUUCUGUGGAGAAAUCUAAUGUUUGCAGGCCCAUCAAGGAGCUCAGCAGUAAAACUGUAAUUCAGGUUGCAUGUGGAGACCAGCACUUCAUGGCACUGACAAAUGAUGGUCAGUUGUUCACGUGGGGUCAGAACUCGAGCGGUCAGCUGGGUUUGGGGAAAGGUGAGCCGAGCUCUCUGUCUCCUCAGCCUCUCAAGUCUCUGUGUGGGAUCCCACUGGCUCAGAUCAGCGCUGGAGGAGACCACAGCUUCGCCCUGUCUCUCUCUGGAGCCGUGUUCGGCUGGGGCAGGAACAGCGCCGGGCAGCUGGGCCUGGGACAUACGGAGGACGUGUACAGUCCAACCUGUGUGAAUAACCUGAGCCAAAAGAAAACGAUUUCCAUCUCAUGUGGAGAGGAACACACUGCUACUUUGUCAAAGGGAGGAGCAGUUUUCACGUUCGGAUCAGGUCGUUACGGGCAGCUUGGUCAUAACACAUUUAAAGAUGAGCUUCAGCCUCGUGUGGUUACUGGGCUCUGGGGUAUAAACGUGUCCCAGAUCACAUGUGGGAGGAAUCACACUCUGGCGCUGGUUGAAUCGUCAAACACAGUCUACUCAUUUGGAUGUGGAGAACAAGGACAACUGGGAAAUGGGCAGAGGACCAAUCAGUGUGUGCCACUUCCUGUACAGCUGCCACCAGCGGCAAAUAACAGCCAUACAGUCGAGAGCAUCAUUGCUGGCGGGAAUCAAUCCUUUGUCUUGUGCUCUUCCCAGAAAUCUGAUGUGCCUGACCAAAGGAAGGGGAUUGUGACAUUAGGAGACAAAAUGAUUCACAGAUGGGUGUCCGAGUGUGAAUCAAAACAGUGGAGGACAAUCAAAAAGGAAAUAAAAAGAGUUUUCUCAUCUCCAGCUUGUAUAAAUGGAAGCUUCAUUAUAAAAAGUUGUGAUGGACAUUACCAAACAUCCACGCACGUCUCUGGUUUGGAUUUGGACUCAGUGAAAACUGCUUUUGAGCGGUUGGCCGAGAAGGAGAGGGUGCUGUUGGAGGUAGAGAAGGUGGUAGAGAAAGAUCUUCUCCCCUCUCUGGGCUUCACUGUUGCUGGUGUGGAGGCUCUGAGGGUUUUCCUCAUCCUGCCUGAACUCCUCCGGGUGCUGAAGAAACAAGGACAUGAGACAAAGCUCACAUCAUAUGCUUCUGCCAUUUUAAAUCUGGAUUCCUGUACGCGUACAGUUUUAGAGAACCUCUGGUCUGAACUCCCCGAAACCUUCCUCAAAACAUUAGUGGAACUUUUUCACACUUCAGUUGCAGCAAUGAUAUCUAAAGUGACAUAUGACUAUAGACAAAAAAUCGCCAUGGAUACACCAUUACGUAAAUCAGUGCAAGUCCUCCAGAUGCUCUACAAGGCUACCUGCAGGAACCAAAGAGAAAUCACACCUGGAGAUUUCAUCAUCUAUGAGAUCAAUGAGCUGUUUGACAUGUUAUAUGCUAUUCAGAAGGACAUCGAUGAGUUUUAUGGGGGUUUUGUUUGGUAUGGAGACCUUAAUGUGACGGUGGCAGAAAAACAGCACCAUAUGAACACCUUAAAGCUUCUGAGCUCAUGCCCUUGCAUCUUUACUCUGGAGGCUAAAUAUGGCCUUCUAAAGUUCAGAGAACCUCGGGGACCCUUUAGAAUGGAGUUAAGACGCACUGCACUUCUGGAGGACUGUUUCCGACAGCUGAGGGCCGCGAGCGAGCAAGCGCUGAAGGGCUGGCUGCAGGUGGUGUACUGUGAGAACUUCGAAAAGAGCGACGUCUAUAAGAGGGACUUCUUUCACAAUGCAUUUAAGAUGCUGUUGGACGCAGAAUCGGAAAUGUUCAUGUACAAUGACACAAAAACAUUGAUCUGGUUUCCUGUUGAGCUCAGUUUACCAGAGGAGAGAUACUUUGUUCUCGGAGUCCUGUGUGGGCUGGCCUUUUACAACAACAGUGUUGUGCACAUGCCCUUUCCUUUAGCCCUGUUUAAAAAACUUCUCGACAUCAGACCUUCUCUGGAGGAUUUUGCUGAGCUGAGUCCUAUCGUAGCACAGAGUUUGCAGUACUUACUGAACUACAGUGAUGACGAUGCUGAUAACAUGUGCAUGAUCUACACUAUUGUGUGGAACAACAGAGAGGUUGAACUGGAUCCAGUUGAGCCUGGCAAAGCUGUGACAAGCUCAAACAAAAAGGUGUUUGUGGACGCGUAUGUGGAUUACGUGCUGAACAAGUCAGUGGAGAAGGCGUUUAAUGAGUUUAAGAGGGGCUUCUACAAAGUGUGUGACAGAAACGUGGUGAACGUCUUCCAGCCGGAGGAGCUCAGAGGAGUGAUGUUGGGCUCAGAGGAAUACGACUGGGACGUACUCAAAAUGAAUGCGACUUAUGAAUACAUAUUUCAUGCAAGACACCCAACGAUUGUCUCAUUCUGGGAAGUGUUUGAAGAACUGUCAAGCCAGGACAAGAAAGCCUUUCUCUUGUUCCUGACUGGGUUUGAUCGAGUUCCCGUUCUGGGUAUGGGGCAGGUGAAGAUGACAGUGCGACAGCUGUUGAACUCCACACAGGAUCAUCUGCCCCAGGCCCUUACCUGCCAUACCAUACUGGAUCUCCCUGUAUACCAAACAAAAGAAAUACUUCGAACCAAGCUCAUUGAAGCCAUACACCACAGGAGAGGAUUCUGGGAAGAAUAAAAUGAUUGUGUCUCCACAAAUUCCAAAGUUAUAUCAUUUGUUACUGUGCUUUUAUAAGAAAAUGCAAACUCUGUUACCAGCGCUGUGUGUCUUAAUACAUACACCACAGGAGAGGAUUCUGGGAAGAUUAAAACGAUGGUUUCUUCAAA